UCAAGAGGUGCCCGCUGAUAGCGCGGUCCCCACAAACAGUAACCUCGGGGGGACAGUGAGGAAGGAGCAUGAAGUUUGAUGACAUUCUGUAUCACCUGGGAGAGUUCGGCAGGUACCAGAAGAGACUGUAUCUGCUGCUAUGUAUUCCCGCCAUCAGCGUCGCCUGCUUCAUGAUGGGCCUGGUAAUUAUCAUGGAAACUCCCAAACAUAGGUGUAAAAUUCUGUCGUAUCCCAAUGAUACGUAUGAAAUACAGAGUUCCUUUCACCAAGAUCUCAUUAACUUGACCAUUCCGAGAUCUGAUGACGAGACUUUGGACUACAGUCAAUGUUAUAUGUAUGUUAGAAAUGACGCGGGGAAUUCAAAUUCGGCAAACUUCACCAAAGAGAAAUGCACAGAAUGGGUUUACGAGACCUCCGUAUUUAAGUCAACGUUCACUUCCAAGAUGGACCUAGUGUGUGAUGACGCUUUACUUACAUCUCAUGCUAAGAUGAUUUUCUACUUCGGAGUGUUGGUCGGUGAUCUCGGGUUCGGAGUUCUCUCUGAUAUUAUCGGUCGUAAGAAGGGUCUGUACUUGACUUUCGUUAUUCUGGUGGCUGCGGCCUUUGGUGUAUGUUGGGCCCCGGAGUACAUCAGUUUUGUCGUCCUGGAAUUCAUCAUCGGGGCCGCCAACCACGGGGCCUUCAUGAUCUGUUGUGUAUUGGGUCUGGAGAUGGUUGGCCCAUCUAAGCGUGUGUGGGCGGGGAUCGUGAUUCACGUCUUCUUUACUAUUGGUCUGCUAUAUUUAGCCGGCGUGGGGUACCUUCUGAGGGACUGGCAGUACAUCAGUAUAGCAGUCGCCGCGCCCUGUGCUCUAUACCUGACUUACUGGUGGUUUGUCCCAGAGUCACCCCGAUGGUUGAUUAGUCAGGGGAGACACUCAGACGCUGACGCCAUCAUACGUAAAGUGGCCAAGGUCAACAAGGUCAACAUCGAUGAAAAACUUCUCAAGGUCACAAAGGAGGAACCAAAAUCAACAGAGGCGCGGAUCUGGCAUUUGUUCAGUCACAGGGUCUUAUUGAUUCGAACACUCAUUCUUUAUUUCAAUUGGGCCGUAGUAUCGAUGAUGUAUUACGGAGUCACAAUGCAUGCCGGGAAUAUGGGCGGGGACUUUUAUCUGAACUUCUUUCUAUUGGCUGUCGUGGAGUUUCCCGCCUCAGCCCUCUCUGUUUUCCUCCUGGACAAAGUUGGCAGGAAGAAGCUUCAUUGUGCCUUCAUGGUGGUGGGUGGACUUGCUUGUCUGUCCACCAUAUUUUCCGUCUUAUUCGGAGAUGAAUCUCUGCAACCUAUAACUCUCACACUAGCCAUCAUCGGCAAGAUCGGAUCCUCCGGUGCAUUUGGUGUGGUCUAUGUUUUCUCAGCGGAGCUAUUUCCUACAGUAGUGCGUAAUGCGGGUAUGGGUUCGAGUUCCUGCAUCGCAAGAAUCGGCGGCAUGCUAGCGCCUUAUGUCGCUUCAUCGGGCGAUUUAGUUGGGGGUAAAUUUGGACAGGCUCUUCCAUUGGUUAUUUUUGGUGCUACCUCAGUGACUGCGGGACUGCUUUGUUUACUACUACCGGAAACUCUGAACAAAACCUUACCAGAAACCAUAGAGGACGGUGUCAAGUUUGGCAGAUCGAAAGACCCACAAAAAACAGAUUAUGAAGUUUCCAAAUCAACCAAACUAUGAAGAAAUGUGAUUUAUAGUACAUGUAUAUCUGUGUAUACUUUUGUAAAAAGAAAAUAUAUCUAAAGAAAUGAAUAGG